AUGCAGGCAGACGACGACGACGACGACGACGACGACGACGACGACGACAGAAGACAGAAGACGACGACAGAAGACAGAAGACGACGACAGAAGACAGAAGACGACGACAGAAGACAGAAGACGACGACAGAAGACAGAAGACGACGACAGAAGACAGAAGACGACGACAGAAGACAGAAGACGACGACAGAAGACAGAAGACGACGACAGAAGACAGAAGACGACGACAGAAGACAGAAGACGACGACAGAAGACAGAAGACGACGACAGAAGACAGAAGACGACGACAGAAGACAGAAGACGACGACAGAAGACAGAAGACGACGACAGAAGACAGAAGACGACGACAGAAGACAGAAGACGACGACAGAAGACAGAAGACGACGACAGAAGACAGAAGACGACGACAGAAGACAGAAGACGACGACAGAAGACAGAAGACGACGACAGAAGACAGAAGACGACGACAGAAGACAGAAGACGACGACAGAAGACAGAAGACGACGACAGAAGACAGAAGACGACGACAGAAGACAGAAGACGACGACAGAAGACAGAAGACGACGACAGAAGACAGAAGACGACGACAGAAGACAGAAGACGACGACAGAAGACAGAAGACGACGACAGAAGACAGAAGACGACGACAGAAGACAGAAGACGACGACAGAAGACAGAAGACGACGACAGAAGACAGAAGACGACGACAGAAGACAGAAGACGACGACAGAAGACAGAAGACGACGACAGAAGACAGAAGACGACGACAGAAGACAGAAGACGACGACAGAAGACAGAAGACGACGACAGAAGACAGAAGACGACGACAGAAGACAGAAGACGACGACAGAAGACAGAAGACGACGACAGAAGACAGAAGACGACGACAGAAGACAGAAGACGACGACAGACGUCGGUGCUGCUGAACAAGUGCACUCUGUAAACGAUGAAAUAUGA